AUGCAUUUGUCAAAGCUGUUGAGUGAAGCAUUACUGAUUGUAGAGAGCAAAAAGAGACUGGUCGGCAAAAUGAUUGUUGUUCAGGUCCGUCAUGUCUGCACAACAGAAGUACGACCAGCAAGUUACAUCCAUCAAUCUACGAAUGAUCAUAAGCGGAUUGAUCUAAAUCCAUGGGAUAUAGUUAAUUUGAGAUUUCCAUAUAUGCAAAGGGGUUUUCUCUUCGAUAAGUCACAAUCUUCACCUAAGCAAGCAGACAAAGAGGCGAACAAGAACAUUAUAAGUCAUUUGAGAACUUCUUUGUCGUAUGCACUUGAUCAUUUCUUUCCUUUAGCUGGUCGUCUUGGCAUCGAGAAACAUGAAGAUGAUAACACGAUCUCCAUUUAUAUCAACUGCAACUCUGAGGGUGCAGAGUUCAUUCAUGCAACUGCAGACAUAUCAAUAGACGACAUUGUCUCACAGACCUAUACUCCUGCAAGCAUAAUAGAUCCACUGUUUUCUCUCAACGGGGUAAUGAACUUCGAAGGUCUGUCUCUUUCUUUGCUCUCUAUUCAAAUAACUGAACUACUUGACGGUGUGUUCAUAGGGUGCAGUGCUAAUCAUUCGGUAUGUGAUGGUACAUCAUUUUGGCAUUUUAUUAAUUUAUGGUCUGAGAUCUCUAGAUCUUCCAACAAUCAUACUCCAUGUCCUCUUCCGGUUUUCAAGCGUUGGUUUAUCAAAGACACAGACUGCCCUAUCCAUCUUCCGUCUUGUUUGGCUGAUGAAUUUUUGACAGCAAGUAAUGCGAAGGCUAAUUCGGAAAUAAAAUCUGAUAAAAAACGAAAAGCAGUAAUCUCUUCGUUACAAGCUGUAUUAGCUCACAUUUGGAUAGCUGUAUUACGUGCUAGAAGGACUUUAAAUAACAAUUACAGCGAAAAUGGAGAAACUUUGUUUGGAUUUAUGAUGAAUAAUAGAACCAAAUUGAUUCCACCUUUGGCAGAGUCAUAUUUUGGCAACUCAGUAUCCUUCGCGCAUGUAACUGCAACUGACGGUGAGGUGCUUAAAAAGGGAUAUGGGUUCUUAGCUUCGUUGUUGAACGAGGUGGUUAACUCUAACAGUGAUGAAAAGAUUAGAAGUACUUUCGAAACGAGAACAGAAAAACCUGUGAUAGUUAAUUCUGGUGAUGAGGCAGGAAUUAUGAAGAAAAUCUUAGUGGCUGCGGGUUCUCAUAGAUUCAACAUGUAUGGAAACGAUUUUGGUUGGGGCCGACCUAUUGCUGUGAAAACUGGUGUCCGUGGGAAAUCAAACGGAGCAACAUUUGUGAAUCAAGGGCCAGUUGAAGGAAGUAUUGACAUUGAAAUCUGCCUUCCAAUUGAGGUUUUUAAGGCCAUGGAAAAUGAUGCUGAAUUCAUGGAUGCUUUCUCUUGUUAA